GGAAAUAACUCAAUCAAAAUUAACAUAAGAAACAAUAGCUAUCCUUCCUUUGGAUACCUUUGUUAAUUGAGUCUUAGAGUUGUACUGAAGAGCAUUGAUCAUAUGGAUGUAUUGCUUUUCAAAUCUAUAAAGGAAAUUAAUAAAGUAAAGAUGAGGUAGUCACUUUGAUCCCUGAAAACAUUAAGAAGACCACUGGUUAGCUCUCCAGUUUUACACAACAGGAAUUUGUUCCUUCUUGUAAUAAUUUAUUGCGAUAUUAUACUUAUGUCAAAGUGUACAUUGUCUACUGUGUCACACUUAGAUUGUCUCCUAAACUACUUAUUUUUUUCAUUUCCUUAAGUGUGGAGAAUUAUCUCUGGAGAUCUGAAGCAUGUGCUUUUGCUUGAAAUAUUAAAAUAUAUAUUCCACAAGUGGGAGAAUAUGGAAAUGACACUUAAAGUACAUAGUAGAGCAUGAGUAAAUUCAUAAAAAUGUGAAUGAACUUGUCAAAAUCAUGGAACUAAAAGCUGAAUUUGAUAGAGUAAGAGUAGGGACAUGAGUAAGGAACACAUGACAAACAGGCAUUUUGGAGAUCAAAGAUGGGUAAAAAAGAUGCCUCUACUAUAAAACUUCCUGUUGAUCAGUACAGAAAGCAAAUUGGUAAACAAGAUUAUAAAAAAACCAAACCUAUUUUACGAGCAACCAAAUUAAAAGCAGAAGCAAAGAAAACAGCAAUAGGGAUAAAGGAAGUUGGCCUCGUACUAGCAGCUAUAUUGGCCCUCCUACUGGCUUUCUAUGCUUUCUUUUAUCUCAGACUGUCCACAGAUGUUGACCCUGAUCUGGAACGAGAUGAAGAUUAGCUGAACAGCAAUCAAUGCAUUAAAGGGAAAUAAUUUUAUAAAAGCAUCCCUUGUGACCAACACUUUCUAAAGUACUGAAACUGGAACAUCUUGAAUUCUUUCUGCUGGUAUUUUCAGUUUUGAGAAAUAUCUUUUUAAAUAGUUGCAUAGGAUAUCAAAAAAAGAACCUUACCUAGCAAUGUAGUAUAAUGUAUGCUACCGGAUACUUUUAUAAAUCUUUCUACUUUGACAGGCAACCUAUUCAUGGUGCGUUUAGAUUAAAUGGAAAAUAGAUCCUAAAUUCUUCGGAUGUCUUAGCCAAUUUAUGUGUAUAACUCCGUCACUUCAGAUUACUAAAUCUAUUUUUGUUCCGUAUACAUCGUAAGUAAAAGUAUAUAUCCUCAUUUACAGGAACAUUCACACAUCACAUUCAGAGCCUAAGAAGGAAUGAAAAGUCAUGGGAAAUUUUUCAUUAUACAAAGAAGCCCUGCUUUCUUUCCAGACAUAUUUUAUAUCAUUAGAGAAACUAUCUGCCAUACAUCUACAGUAAUCUUUUUCCUUCUUUGCCAACUGUUCAGCGCACAUGUGCUCCAUCAGAAAUGGCACCUGGAUGACAGAAGCUCAAAGAGUCACAUAUGUCUGUAAAAUAGAGUUCCUUUCCUCUUGGGCUGUCUGAACUGGUGUAAAUAGAAAGUUCAGUUGAUCUUGAUUUUAAUUAACUUAUUAUUGUAUUAAUAUAAACUUGGAAUUCUAUUUUAAUUAUGUUCAGGCUGCUUGCAGUAUCAGUUUGCCCUUCUUGUUAGGGAGGUAUGUAACAAUCUGUCAUUUAGUUGUGCAGUUGUUGUUAUUUUUUUUUUCACACAACAGUAACGGAAGU